UCGGGUUUGAUCGAGGCGAUCGAUUCUUUGGCGGCGGAGGAGCAAUGCCACCGCGGCGGGGAGGCGGGCGAGGCGGCGGACGAGGAGGAGGCGAUGGACGGGCGCCAUCGCAGGAAUGGCGUGGUCAAGGAGAGGAAUUUCAGCAGGGAAGAGGUAGAGGUAGAGGCGGGAGAAAUCCCGACGGUCGCGGGCAAGGAGGAAGAGAGGGCGGCGGCGGGCGUGGAGCUGGAGCUGGAGGAGGUGGUCCUUCUCAAGCUCCGAUUGAGGCCUUCCCUCCACUAGGCGGCCGUCGGCAGCAACAAAUUCCUCCAGAGACCUCGCAGCGGCCGCGUACCAUCGAAAGCGCUGCUGGAUCCCACCGAGGAUACGGAGGAGGAUCUUCUGGGGCUGCUCCGUACGUUCCUAGGCCUCAAACCAUCGAUAGUUCUGGGUCUCAGCGUGUCCCUGGAGGAUCUGGAGUGGCUUACAACCAGAGCGCUGCUGGAUCCCAGGCAGGACAUGGAGGAGCAUCUUCUUCGACUGGUCCUAGGCCUCAAACCAUCGAGAGCUCUGUCCCUGGAGGAUCUGGCCAGAGCGCUAGUGCCGACUCGCUGGUUCCUCGAGUAAAAGAUUUGGACGUGAAGGAAACUCCUGCUGGCCCGAGUGCUCCCGUUCCUAGCAGCAGCACUGGUGAUGUUCCUACCUCCUCGAAAGCACUUGCACCUCCUAAAAGGCCUGAUCGAGGAACUGUUGGACAGAAGGUUACCAUCAGAGUGAACCACUUCAAGAUGAAGGUGAAAGAUGGACCCAUCUUUCACUACGACGUAUCCAUUCAUCCGGCUGUUGGCUCGAAAGGGAUUGCUCGUGCUCUGGAGCGGCAGCUCGUGUCACAGUAUCGGGCUUCAGAGCUAAACAACCUUCUUCCCGUCUACGAUGGAAGCAAGAGCUUGUACACGGCGGGGCCACUUCCGUUUGAGCAGAAGGACUUCAAAGUUACGUUGCCGGCAGAGGAAGAAGGGCGCAGGACCCGCGAGUUCAAAGUCACGAUCAAGUUUGCCGCGAAGCUGGACCAGUAUCAAAUGGACCUCUUCCUCGAAGGCAGAGGUGCGGUCCUACAAGCCCCGUAUGAGUUCUUGCAAGCUUUGGACGUGGCUUUGAGAGAGUGGCCCAUGAAGUCGUACGUUCCCAGUGGACGUAACUUCUUCGAUCCGUCAUUCGGGAGGCUGGCACUAGAAGGUGGUUUUGAGGCCUGGAAAGGAUUUUACCAGAGUGUUCGUCCAACCAUGCAAGGCCUCGUGCUGAACGUCGAUUUGUCUGCAGCAGCAUUUUACGAGGCAUUGCCAGUUCUCGAGUUCCUCAAGAAGUCACUCCCGUACUUCGACCCAAGCCGAGGCUUGUCGGACGGUGAUCGAGCCAAGGCCAAAAAUCUCUUGAACCGGCUCAAGGUCGAAGUCACGCACAGGAACAUCCCUCGGAGAUACAGGAUUUCGGGACUGUCUUUGCGGCCAACAAAGGCGUUGACGUUCACAACUGAUUCUGGACAGGAGGUGAAGGUUGUGGACUACUUUUGGACGACGUACAAGCAUAAGAUCCAGUAUCCCGAGUUGCCUUGCCUCGAGUUGCAAGGAAGGAAAACUACUUAUCUGCCUAUGGAAGUGUGCAAGCUGGCUGCCGGUCAGAAAUAUCAGGGAAAGCUCAACGAGAGGCAGACAACAAACAUGCUGAGGUUCACGUGUCAGAUUCCUGCUGUUCGAGAGCAGAACAUAAAGACUCUUAUGAGCAAUGUUCAAGACUUUCAGCGGAAUGAUUAUGCUGCGGAGUUUGGAAUUCAGGUGGCUAAGUCGAUGACGUCUCUGCACGCAAGGGUUCUUCCAACUCCGAGUCUGAGGUAUAGCAGCAACCGGAUCACGCCAUCUGAUGGCGGCUGGAACAUGAUGCGGUCUAGGUUUCUUCGAGGGGGAGUAAUCCGCCGCUGGACUCUCGUCAACUUCGCGAGAUUAGCAAGACAGGACGUGGAUGCUUUCAUCAGUGAGUUGAUCACGCGGUGCGCGGCGGUUGGAGUUCAGAUGGAUCCUCCCGUGAUCCCUCCUUCCAGCGGUCGGCUGGAGCAGUAUGAUACGCUACUCCGGAAUGCCGUCAGGAAUCACGCCAGCAAAAGCAAGCCCGGGGAAGGUCUUCAGCUGGUAGUUUGUCUCAUGGACGCCAAGCACCAGAUUUACGGGGACCUGAAGAAGCUGUGCGAGACGGAGCUCGGGCUCGUGACGCAAGUGUGCCUUAAGAAAAAUGUGAUGAAGGAGUACAACAGUUUGUCACAGUACCUGGCCAACCUCGCGAUGAAGAUCAACGUCAAAGUUGGAGGCCAGAACAUGGAUCUGGCGCAGGAUCUGCGACUCAUGGUUCCAUCGAUUCUCGGCAAUCCAACAAUCAUCUUUGGAGCUGAUGUCUCUCAUCCCAUGGCUCGCGACGACACGAGUCCCUCCAUCUCCGCGGUGGUGGCGAGCAUGGACUGGCCAUCGGCGGUCAAGUAUCUCGCUCGCGCGAGAUCUCAGAGGGGCAGGGUGGAGAUGAUCGAGCACCUGCAUGACAUGGUGGUCGACCUCAUGAGGGCGUUUUUCACUCACACCAGACUCAAACCGGAGAGGCUUCUCUUCUUCCGGGAUGGUGUGAGCGAGGGCCAGUUCUCCGACGUCCUGAACAACGAAGUGCAGGCAAUCCGGAGGGCGUUCCUUACCCUCCAGCCGAAUGGCGACUACUGUCCCCAGAUAACUUUCGUGGUCGUCCAGAAGCGUCACCACACGAGGUUCUUCCCGGCGGACAGUAACGUGGUGAGCAACAACGUGAGACCGGGGACCGUUGUGGACACGGAGAUCACCCAUCCUCGAGAGUUCGACUUUUACCUUUGCAGCCACAGGGGUCUCCAGGGAACCAGCCGGCCGACGCACUACCACGUCCUGCUCGACCAGAAUGGCUUCACGGCCGACCAGCUCCAGACGCUCGUCAACAGCUUAUGCUACACUUAUGCCCGGUGUACCAAGGCGGUCUCGGUGAUACCUCCGGCGUACUACGCUCACCUGGUGGCCUACCGGUCUCGGCUCCACGUCGACAGUGUUGCCGCUGGAGCUGGAUCUUCUUCUGCUCGCGCUGCGGCCGCGGAGUAUAGGCUGCCUGAGGUACUUCCUGAAGUCCGGGACUACAUGUACUACUGCUGAGAGAGCUUCUUCCGGGUUUGCAGUUUCUCUCUCUCUCUUCCUUUACUUCCGAGAUUUCUCAUUUUGCGAGUUUUAGCUGGCUUCUAACGAGACACGAGUUUGGCUUUUCUUUUCUUUUUUUCAAUACAACGUUAGAUCUUGGGUUGGAAUGUGAAAA